AGAUAUGGAGUUCGUAAUAUGAUGAAAGUGCUGGGGCUAUUUGUCGAGCUGCAUUUGGAACACCGGAAGAUCGUGUCGUUAUAAUCCUUGCGCAUAACGGUCCAACAGGUCUUGGUUCUCAGGCUGAGGAUAUAUGUGGAAGAGACUGGACUGACCAAGGUGGUGACCAGGGUGAUCCAGGUAAAUGUUGCUUCCAUCUUUGUUAAUUCUUCAGACUCACUACCCUAGAGUGAUUUGGUUUGGUUUGGUUUGGUGAUACAGAUCUAGAGCACGCACUACGCCAGUUGAAAGAGACGAUGGAACUGUCUGUUCCUUUAGUUGUGUUUGGACACAUGCAUAAGGAGUUUGAUGGUGGGAAAGGAAACCGUAAAAUGGUUGUGCAAGAUAGUUACAACAAAAUUGUUUAUGUGAAUGGUGCAAUAGUCCCGAGGGUUAAAGAGAGGCCGGUUGGAGCAGCAGAGGAGCUUGAGAGUGGUGGCACGAUAAGAGCUUUUACGUUGGUGGAGAUUUUAGAUGGAAAGAUCAAGAAAGUAGUAGAGAGUUGGGUACAAGUAGUCGGAAGUAUGGUAAAGAUUGUGAAGAAACAUUGUUCGAGGAUGUAACUUGAUUUAGUAUUGUUCACUUGUUUGCUCAACAAUUAUGCGGUUCUACAAGAUGUUUUCUACCAUUUAAGUAAUUAACCAAUGCAAAUUGCAGAGGAAUGUUUAAGAAACUCAGAAACCAAAUAAG